GCGGCAAGAUGGCGCCGCCGGUGAGGGUGAGGGUGAUGAUGGUGGUGGUGGUGAUGGCGGCGGCGGUGGCGGCGCUGGACAACGGGCUGGCCCGCACGCCGCCCAUGGGGUGGCUGCACUGGGAGCGCUUCCUCUGCGGCACCGACUGCGCCAGCCAGCCGAGCCGCUGCGUCAGCGAGCGGCUCUUCGUGGAGAUGGCGGACAGGAUGGCGUCCGAGGGCUGGAGGGACGCGGGCUACGAGUUCCUCUGCAUCGACGACUGCUGGAUGGCCCCCACGCGCGACGGGCAGGGCAGGCUGCGGGCCGACCCCAGGCGGUUCCCCGGGGGGAUCCGCCGGCUGGCCGACUACGUGCACUCCAAGGGCCUGAAGCUGGGCAUCUACAGCGACGUGGGGGAGAAGACGUGCGCCGGCUUCCCCGGCAGCUACGGCCACUACGAGCUGGACGCCCGCACCUUCGCCUCGUGGGGCGUGGACCUGCUCAAGUUCGACGGCUGCAACUCCGGCUCGCCGGAGAGGCUGGCAGAAGGUUACAGGCGCAUGUCUCUGGCCCUGAACAAGACUGGAAGGAGCAUUGUGUACGCCUGUGAGUGGCCUUUCUACCUGAGGCCCAUGCAGCAGCCCAAUUACACGGAGAUCAAACAGUACUGCAAUCACUGGAGGAACUUUUAUGAUGUCUACGAUUCCUGGAACAGCAUCAAGAGUAUCUUGGAAUGGACAGCUCUUCACCAAGACAGCAUUGUGAAGAUAGCUGGGCCGGGGGGCUGGAAUGAUCCUGACAUGCUGGUGAUUGGAAACUUCGGGCUGAGCUGGGACCAGUCGGUGACUCAGAUGGCUAUGUGGGCCAUCAUGGCAGCUCCCCUCUUCAUGUCCAACGACCUGCGGCGCAUCAGCCCCGAGGCCAAGUGUCUGCUCCAGAACAAGGAGGUGAUCGCCAUCAACCAGGACGCGCUGGGCAGGCAGGGAUACCGGAUCCUCAAGGACAAGACCUUUGAGCUGUGGGAGAGGCCCCUGUCCGGCCGAGCCUUUGCUGUGGCAGUGCUGAACCAGCAGGAGAUUGGGGGACCCCAGAACUUCACCUUCUCCCUCACCUUCCUGGGCAACGGGCUGGCCUGCAACCCCGCCUGCUCCGUGCGCCAGGUCCUGCCAGCCAGCAGGGACUGGGGCGUUUACAGCUGGAUCUCCUUCCUGAGCGUGGAGGUGAACCCCACGGGCACCGUGCUGCUCAAAGUCCUGCCGCUCUAGCAGGCACAAAGACAGCCUUCUCCUAAGCCUUAGACUCUGUCUGAACUCCUUGAGGGACUCCCUGUGGCAGGAGUCUCCUUCCUCCAAGCAGGUGCCUUUGUUCUCUCCUCAGGUGUUCAGUACUUGAACUUCCAGCCAAAUUGGCAAAUACUCAUCACUCCAUCACCAAGAGGGAACAAAGAAAGGGAUGCUGGUCUGCUAUUUACCCUUUCUCUGGCAUCUCACCAAGCUCCUUCUGCAAGGGGCUGGAAGGGCUCUAGCAGGGCAGCAACUCCUUCUACCAAGCAAGGAAAGGCGAGGGAUACACAUGCAUCAUCCUAUAGCUCACCUUGAGCAUUUCAGGGACAAAAGGGAAACACACCCUGGCCACCUUGCUCUCUUUUCCGGACCAGGGCACACAGUCCAAGAAAAGCUGCUCCUACCCCUCUGAAGAAACCCAACACUCUGCUCAGAGCAUGGAUAUUUACUUUCUGACAACUCAGGGACUGGCCUAAAUCAUUGCACUU